AUGUUUUUCUUCUCUGCGGCCGUCAUCGCUGCCGUAAUUCCCACCUGCCUGCAGCUUUGGAGUAGUGAUGCUGGCGGUGAUCACGGCCGUAAGGCCAUCUACAACAUCGAGUUAAACCAAGUCAAAUUCAAGAAGUGGGUGCGUGUGGAAACAACAACCACCACCAUCGCAGCAGCGCCCUCUACCCCUUUUCACAAGAUGAUUCCUCCUUUCUAUACCUCUUUACCUCUUGGCCACAAAUCUUCGAUCUCCCUUCCUCUCCUCCCUCCCUUGUCUCCCCUUAAUCAUCACUGGCAGGCAGCAUCCCUUGUGGCAGUAGGGGACGUGGCGGCCCUCAAGGACCCGCACCUGCAAGCACCGGACGAUCUGGUGCUGUGCAUGGCACGCCUGGCGCUCACCUGUACCGCCAUGCCCACGGCGUCUCGCCCGGGCAUGAGCCGUGUGCUGGCAGAGCUGCUGCUGCUCAAGGAGGAGUUCUAUGGGGAGGACGAGGACCGCAUGGCUGCCCGCAUCGACCACGAGAUUGAGAGCUCCGAGCAGGUUGAUUUCAGCUUGGAGUUGGCGGAUAUUGAAGGCAUUCAACAUGGUGGACCUCAUUACCUCGCACGCCUGGGCAUCUGCAGAGUGCUGGUGGUGCACUCCAACGGGCUCAAUGAGGUCCCCCCCAAUGGGUCAGUCAGUCCCCCCCAAUGGGUCAAUCAGUCCGCCCCAUAG